AUGAAAGCUGAUGAUGAGCCUCCAACGAAGAUGCAACCAACCCUGCGAAGACUGCAGAGGGACGAGCCUCCGAUACCCGAGGAGUCAUCCAGUGAAUUGUCUUUGGAUAAGGAAUCAGCCAAUGAUGCAGCGAGACAACAAAGCGAGCCUAUUCCGCCCUUAGCAAACUUAGAAGAAAUCGAAAUGGGAGAAGUACUGUCGGUGUAUGAGACACCAUCCGAGGAGCCAUCAUCUCUUCCAAGUGAGGCACAGUACUCUACUCCUACUGAUGAAACUGCGUCUACAGAAACUAUUCCAAAGCCAAAACUGUCAUCGCAAGAGCAUGUGGACACCGAUGACCUUUUCUUUGCAUUUUCCUCUGCUUCUGAAAUCGAGCCUGCGGCUAGAUUGAAAGCUGGUAAAGAAAGACCAAUGACCACGUUAAUGUCACUGCCAAAGCUGCCUGUACCAGAAGAACCUCGUAUGGCACUGGGUGGAAUCUCGCGUCUCGACAUCGGCGAUGGUAGAAUCCACAUACCUGUAGCAAAAGUAGUUCUAGGACCUGUACCAGAGGAAGAUCGCAUUGGAAUAACUCAGCCGGAUCGUCCUUUGUUAGAUGCCGUGAAAUCUCGGACACGGUCUUUACCGCGUUAUCCUUUGUUGAAACAGACAUCAGUGGUUGAAACACAUAAACGGAGCCUCGUUGAAGAUGUGCUUGUUAAUCUUGGCCGACAAAGCUCUAACUUGUUCAUACCUCGAUAUCGACGGUACCGAGGAAUUGGUGCGCUCAGCUCAUUUUACGAGGGGAGCCUUCACAGAGAAAAGAUCGAUGCCCUUGACCCGAAAGUGCGAGACAUCAUAGAACGUGGUUCGGAUGAAAGGGCAUUGUUCACAUGGUGA